AUGAUUUAUAUGUAAGUUACCGAGAUUUAUUACACAAUUGAUGACAGUGUGGGAAAAACAUGGUGAUUCCUUCAAGUCUAAAAAAAAAUCGUGACUUGAGAAACUUCCCACCAAAAGUUGUCGUCAAUUUAUAAUUUGCGUUUUAUCAGGAUUUACAGUACUUUAAAAAUUAGCCUGAAAACCUUAUUUUUAGCCAGAACUUGGGCCAAAAAUCGAUAAUGUUGGACUCAAAGGGGCGCUCCUGUUCAUCAGCGAGCAUUGAAUUCGCCGCUUCGCAUCGGGAUUCCAUACUGCCAGCACAUCUCGAGGAAGAUGAAUAUUAUCGAUGUUGUUGUGGAAUGCAUGUUCAUGUAAGAUAACCAUAAUAUUUACUUGACAUCAAAAUAUUUUGAAGUUUUACAAUUUUCAGAUUUCAAAAAGACUAAAAACUUACAUCUUUCAGAUGGGUACCUUUAUUAUUUCCCUCUUGUUUUGCCUCCAAUGGAUCGCCAGUUUGAUUCCGUUCCUCAGCACCUCCAGAUGGGAGUAUUUGACAAUGACAUUACCGGUGAUUACGGCUCUACCUCCAAUUUUGUUGUUGAUUGGGAAUCGGAAGAACUUCCCGGCACUCUAUUGGCCUCACAUUAUUUUACACGUAAGUCUAGGGGAAUACUCAAAAAUUUCGAUGUCAUCCGUGACAGACAUUAUAAUUGGCGGUUAUGGGAAGGAAAAAAAUAGAUUAAAACUUGUUUAAAUCUGCUCAAAAAAUCCCAAAAACCGUUAAAAUUUCAUCCCGAAACCUCUCUGCCAACAAACCUUCCCAAACUUUCCCGACCGCACAGUGCGUCUUCAGUUUCGGUCAUUUUGGUUGCACAGUGCAAUAUUCCUUCAAAAUUUUCGAUGCACCGUGCAUUCCUUGUCGCGCUCGUUUCGAUCAUUUUGGAUUUGCCAUGCUUCCUUUUCUUUUCUCUUCCACCCUCUCUCAAUCGCACACUCUCUCGGUUUGUCGCAACAUUUUUCAACUUCAUGGCAAGAGUCUUGUCGCAGCAAGUUUUGGAAAAAUUGGCGACAGAUUUGUUGUCGCGGAGCCAAAUCGCAGCGAUUUUCAGUCAUCUUUGCGACAAAAUUGAUGUCGCACAUCGGAAUCGCUGCGAUUUUGACUGAAAUCCGCGACAAACCACUGAAAAUUGACUGUGUCGCGGGCGAAUGGCGACAACUCAAGUUUGAUUUCUGCGACAAAGGUUUGCGACAUGCUGUCGCAUGGAGUUUUGGAUGUUUUUGCUGAUUUCUGAUCCCGAAACGGGAAAAUUUUGGGAAUGGGGGAUUGGAAUCCAGGGGAAAUGGAAUUGCGCAAGCUUGCGCACUGUGCAAAUUCAGUGGGUGAUUUUUGCACCGUGCAGGGAAGAAUUUUUGCAUGUUUUGGGAUUGUUGUGGGAUCAAAUUGGGAAUGGGAGAACCUUUGAGUUUGGCAUGGUUAAAAAAAAUCUUGAGGUGUCAAAAUGCUAAUUUUCGAGUGGCAAAAAGCUUGAAAAGAACCGAUUUUUUCCAGCGUUGCAGCGUUUGACCCAAAUUUCUCUGGUUUCUGCAAAACGCGAGUAAAAAGUUUUUUUGUAAGAAAAGUUUAGGCCAAAUCUGCGUAAAACCUUGUAAUACUCUGCGAUUACCCUUUGUAACCUCCCUUUUUCCUUAACAUUCCCGUAUUUUAGGGUACAAUAUUCGCGAUAAUGUUCCUCACGGCCAUCGGAGUUGUCUGCCUUGGCUUCUACAUGAUGAUGUGGGGUCUUCCAUCGCAAUUUCGUCGCAACCGCCAGCUCUACCGCUUCAUGAAACAACUCUCCGGGACUACUGUAACAGUCGCCGGGGCUCUUUUAUUGUGUUUCGCUUAUAUCUGUUAUUAUCUUCUACAUGUCGUCUACAGAGGCUAUCGAUUUUUGGUCGAGGCUCUGUAUUACGACUAA